CAGAACGGCUUGUGUAACUUUGCAAACGUGCCAGAAGUUUAAAACCUCUCCUCCUUCCUUCACUCCAGGCACUGCCCGCUCGCCUGGACUGCCGCGCCGCUCCCCGUCGCCUUCCAGAGGAUUGGGAAACGGGAGAGAGACGAGUGCCACGUCCGAGCAGCCGCCUUGACUGGAGAAGGGUCUGCAGCCCACCCUUGCAACUCCUUCGUGGGGACUGAGAUACCCGCGCUCCAUCCGCCUCCCUGGCUGAGGAUUUCUCCCUCCCUCACUUGACUUGAGCCCCGUUUUCAUUUUCUCUGAGCCACCUCCUCCCCGAGUGGGGACAAUCCGGCAAAGGGAGCGAUGCGCUUCGCCUGGACCGCGCUCCUGCUCGGCCCACUGCAGUUCUGCGCGCUCGUGCGCUGCGCCCCUCCGGUCACGGGCCAACAGCAGCCCCAGCGCGAGCCACCGGCGGCUCCGGGCAACUGGCGCCAGAAGAUCCAAUGGGAGAACAACGGGCAGGUGUUCAGCUUGCUGAGCCUGGGCUCAGAGUAUCAGCCACAGCGCCGCCGGCACCCGGGUGUCGCCGCCAGGGGUACCGACAGCGCCUCCCGAUGGUUCCAAGCUGGCUACUCUUCGUCCGGGGCCCGCGACUCUGGCAUCUCGCGCGCGAGUAACCAGACCGCGCCGGGCGAUGUCCCAGAGCUCAGCAACCUGCUGCCGCCCAGCCGCGUGGACGACAUGGUGGGCGACGACCCGUACAACCCCUACAAGUAUACUGAUGACAACCCCUAUUACAACUACUAUGACACGUAUGAGAGGCCCCGGCCUGGGAGCCGGUACCGUCCCGGAUACGGCACCGGCUACUUCCAGUACGGUCUCCCGGACCUGGUGCCCGACCCCUACUACAUCCAGGCGUCCACGUACGUGCAGAAGAUGUCCAUGUACAACCUGCGAUGCGCCGCGGAGGAAAACUGUCUGGCCAGUUCAGCAUACAGUGCCAGAGAUUAUGAUCACAGGGUGCUGCUAAGAUUUCCCCAAAGAGUGAAAAACCAAGGGACAUCAGAUUUCUUGCCAAGCCGACCAAGAUAUUCCUGGGAAUGGCACAGUUGUCACCAACAUUACCACAGCAUGGAUGAAUUCAGCCAUUACGACCUGCUUGAUGCCAGCACCCAGAGGAGAGUGGCUGAAGGCCACAAAGCAAGUUUCUGUCUUGAGGACACAUCCUGUGACUAUGGCUACCACAGACGAUUUGCAUGUACUGCACACACACAGGGGUUGAGCCCUGGCUGCUAUGAUACCUAUGGUGCAGACAUAGACUGCCAGUGGAUUGAUAUUACAGAUGUACAACCUGGAAACUACAUUCUAAAGGUCAGUGUAAACCCCAAUUUUGUGGUGCCUGAAUCGGACUAUAGCAACAAUGUUGUACGCUGUGAAAUUCGCUACACAGGACAUCAUGCAUAUGCCUCAGGCUGCACAAUUUCACCGUAA